AUGAUCAGUGUACUCAAAGGUUUGCAAAAUGCUCAAUCUGCAUCAAACACUACCAAUCCGUACGCAGUGGAUGUGAUCAAGGCGAAGAGAAGGGACCUGAUCUAUGGGAUCUCACACACUGAAGAGCUACUUGAUCUCCUUGUCACAGAGGGGGCCAUGACAGCAGCCAAGAGGUCCAUUGUUUUGACCAUCAGGACACGAGAGGAGCAAAACUCUAGGGUCCUGGACAUCCUGGUGGCCCGAGGUGAAAGGGCAUGUAGAAAAUUCUUCCAUCCCUGCCUGAUGCUGGCAGAACCACGUCUUUAUCAGCGAAUCAAGGCUUAUGUGGGGAGCGUGAAUGAAAGCAUUGGAGACACAAGGAGACAGCUGAUUGGAUAUUUACUGGAGAGGGAUGAGUUGGAAAUGAGUAAAAUGACUGAUCAAACUGCCUUUCAAAAAACAUAUAAUUCACUCACCACCAAAGAGCGAAAGACUCAAAAGGAAGACGGAUGCACUGUACCCAUUUCUAAGUCAGAAACGCUGAAAGCUGCACAAAAAAACCCGGAAAAACUUUUCAGUGUGAUUGCUUCAGGAGGAGAGUUGUCAGGAGUGAAGGAGCUGUUGAACAACAUUGACACUGACACUGUCAAUUCCUCCAGUGAGACUCUAUUACAUGUAGCUGCUGAGCACGGCCGCCUGUCAGUCAUCAAACUCCUGCUCCAUAAAGGGGCAAGGCUGGACCUGCAGGACAGCAACGGUCACACAGCUCUCCACAGAGCAGCCAGCAGGGGCCACACUGAGGUGGUCAGAGCCCUUAUCAAGGUGGGGGCCCCCAUCUACACCCUGGACACACUGGGUCAGACUCCCAUCCACCUGGCAGCAAAGAAUGAGCAGCUGAAUACAGUUAGAGCUCUGGUGAAGGAGGAGACCGGGCACUCCCAGAACAAGACGCAGGACUCAUUUCUCCACAUGGCAGCCAAGGAAGACAACUGGAGGCUGGCUGAGCUGCUGCUGCAGAGCGGAGCUGCUGUCAAUACCAGAAACCAGCUCAAAAAAUCAGCUCUGUUUUGUGCAGUUACAGGUGGCAAUGAGAGAACUGUGACUGUUCUGCUAAAUGCAGGGGCUGAGUUUGACCAGGGUGUUAUAAAUGAAGCCAUUAAGCUCAAUCAUGGAUCAAUUCUCCAUCUGCUGCUUGCUCAUGCCGGAGGAGGCGUCAGUGCAGAGGCCCUGGGCUCCGCUCUCUUCUCAGCUGUCAGACAGAACCAAGAUAAAGUGGUGUCUGCUCUGAUAGACAGUGGAGCUGACGUGAACAUGCAGGACAAACAGGGGUACACCUCCCUCCUAUUGUCUACCGAGCUGGGCCACACAGAGACAUUCAGAGCUUUAGCAGCGAAACAGGCCAAACUAGAUGCUACUUUACCCAACCUCUUGUCAGCCUUACACCUGGCUGUCCAAAGUGGCAGUGUGCCCAUAGUACAGGCUCUGCUGGACAAGGGAUUACAUCCCAGCACUGCUGGACCUAAAGCCCACACCCCUCUGCACCUGGCCGCUCACCACAACAGACCACAGUUAUCUGGUCUUUUGUUAAAAGCCGGGGCACAGGUAAAUGCAGUUGACCAGGAUGGCCUGACCCCUCUGCAUAUAGCCAGUCAGCAGGGGCACGCAGAGACAGUGAUCCAGCUACUUCAGGGCGGGGCAGACCCUGGAGCCCAGGACAGGCUCGGCAGGACAGCCCUGCACUGGGCUGCCUCUGCCCAGGGACAAAACCCUGCGGUGGACUUGCUGCUCUCAGCCAGGGCUAACCCGAACACCACCGACAGAGAGAAGAAAACUGCCCUCCACCUGGCUGCUACACAGGGAAAUACACACGCCGUGACGUCACUGCUGUCCCACAAGGUAAAAGGAGGAACUAAAGAUAUGGACGGCUCCACGCCUCUCCAUCAUGCAGCGGCUUGUGGGCAUGCCGCUGUGGUUACGGCUCUGCUGCAUUCACUCAAGAACAAGGGGCUGGAGGUGAGGAACGUGUGGAGGAAAACCCCUCUCCACGCUGCAGCUGAGAGGGGCCAUGACAGCGUGGUUGAGCUACUCCUGGAUGCUGGGGCAAAUAUCAAUGCUAAAGAUAACAGCAAGGACACGCCCCUACACUGUGCUGCCCGGGGAGGGCACCAUGAAGUGGUGAGGAGGCUGGUGGGCCGGGGCCAAACUGGUUCACUGGGACGGGGGAAGAGGGCAAACCUGCAGGCCACAAAUAAUGUGGGGAAGACUCCACUGCAGGUGGCAGAGAGAGGAGACACAGUGGGACAUGAGGACAUUGCAUCCUUUCUCAAGAGAAAGAUGUUUCUCAUCAAGUAG